AUGCCUCCCAAUGCAAGGGAUAUGUUAUACCAGAGCCUGCCUCCUAGUAUAAAAUAUUCUUUGAGAUCCAAACUGGAAUCUUUUCAUGUCAAGGAAGAGCUCACUGUAACAGAAAUCAAAGCUGAGAUGGAGAAAACUUUGCAAUGGCUUGUUCCUAUUGCCACAAACACAGCAAAGUCUGAAGCAAAUCGGAAGCCAGCUGGGCCUAUUGAGGCGAUUCUGAUUGAGACACUCCACCAUGCAGACAGGGAGAAGACAGAAUCCUUAAUUCUUGAACUAGUCUUGUGGCUUAACUAUUUGAUAGGCCAAUCAAAGGCUGGUGCAAAAGAUGGUGGCAAGAGAACUCCAAUUAAUUCACCCCUCCAGGAAGCAAAUCAGCAGCCCUUGCAAGAAGCGGCUAAUGCUUUGUCACCAAUUUUAAGCAUUGAAGACCAGGAGAUGUUGCAGGAUGUUAGCAACAGAAAACAGAGAGGAAUCAGUAAGAGUCAGGACUUCGACUCUCCAAAAAACACGUUAAGAAAGCAUGACAGACUAAGCAAAAGUAGCAGUCACUCUCCUACAAGGGGAAGCGAUGAAGUGAUCUCUAUGAAGAGGCAUUCCUCAAGCAUUCUUGCUCUUAAUUUUGGUCGCGACAAAGAGAAAGCAUUGGGUGUCAUUGAUAGGGACGACACCCAGAUGUAA